AUGGAUGUUGUGCGCAGUAAAGGGCAACGCAUGUUCCUUCACCAGGCCAUUGAACACGGAAUUCGGAUCGACGGCAGAGGAUCAUUCGACCAUCGACCGCUUUCGCUGGAGCAAGGGAUCCUGAGAACGGCCGACGGGUCAGCGCGCGUCAUUUUGGGCAAGACCGAGCUGUUCGUGAUCAUUAAUGCCGAAAUGUUGGAGGUCGAUGAUAGCAGUUCACUGGAAAAGCGACUCAAUUUCACCGUCAAAAUAGCUCCACAAGGUCCAAACGCUGCAAGAUUUGGACCAGAUGAAAAGCGGCGGGACGAUGAAGACCUGGAAAGAGACGAGAUCUUGCAACUUAGCGUGGGAAUCCGGCCGGAGCAGGAAAACUCCUCCGUCAUCAUGCCUCCUAGUGACAAUGUCCUUGACAAAUUGGCUGUGAAAUACGAACGAGAGAUCUCCGAAGAGAACGAAUGCUUGGUGUCCCGUGAUAUCGAAGCAGCAUUGGAUAAGAUAUUUAACGAUCUGUCCGAACUUGAGCUCGAGAGGAUUGCCGUCUCCAAAAAUCAUGUCUGGUCGAUUGAAGUGGAACUAAUGGUGGUGAAAUACGCCGGGAACCUGUUGGAAGCCGCUUAUCUCGGGGCAAAGGCUGCGCUCGAUGACUUCGUUUGUAUCCAACCGCCCGUCACGCAUGAUACUGAAACGGGGAAAGAUCUUAUCGGCGCUGUGCAGGAUGAGGAUGCCCUGGUCUCGUGGAAGUUUGAUAUCGAAAAGACCCCGUUGAUUGGAACAAGUUAUCGUGUUGGAGAUUCUGUCUUCCUAGACCCAAAUGAUUACGAAGAAGUUCUGAAUCCGGUUCUGUGCUGGGUAGCCAUCGACAGACCGACCUCUAAUAAGAUCGCCGACGAUGAUUGUUGUAUAUCGUGGUCCGCGUUGACCGGCACUGGCGGAACACGCGAUGGAAUCCAUCGGGAAAUGCUUACCACGGCAAUUAGGUCAGCGAGGAAAUGGGACCCAGUGUUGAGGGACUACAUCAAACUUUGGCGCCAGACAAAGCGCGAUCCCUACGCAACUGUACUUCUGUCUUUCAACAAG